AUGUCUAACCUUCCCGUCGAGCCCGAGUUCGAGCAGGCCUACAAGGAACUCGCCUCCACUCUUGAGAACUCUACCCUCUUCGAGGCUCACCCCGAGUACCGCAAGGCCCUCGCUGUUGUCUCCAUCCCCGAGCGUGUGAUCCAGUUCCGCGUCGUCUGGGAGGAUGACAAGGGCGAGCUCCAGGUCAACCGUGGUUUCCGUGUGCAGUUCAACUCUGCCCUCGGCCCCUACAAGGGUGGUCUCCGUUUCCACCCUUCCGUCAACCUUUCCAUCCUCAAGUUCCUUGGCUUUGAGCAGAUCUUCAAGAAUGCCCUCACCGGACUGAACAUGGGUGGUGGCAAGGGUGGUUCCGACUUUGACCCCAAGGGCAAGUCUGACCAGGAAAUCCGCCGCUUCUGCGUUUCCUUCAUGACCGAGCUCUGCAAGCACAUUGGUGCGGACACCGACGUCCCCGCCGGCGAUAUCGGUGUUACCGGCCGCGAGAUCGGCUUCCUCUUCGGCCAGUACCGCAAGAUCCGCAACCAAUGGGAGGGUGUCCUCACCGGCAAGGGUGGCAGCUGGGGUGGUUCUCUGAUCCGUCCCGAGGCCACUGGCUACGGUGUUGUCUACUACGUCGAGCACAUGAUCAAGCACGUCUCCGGUGGAAAGGAAUCCUUCGCCGGCAAGCGCGUCGCCAUCUCUGGUUCCGGCAACGUCGCCCAGUACGCCGCCCUCAAGGUCAUUGAGCUCGGCGGUUCCGUCGUCUCCCUCUCCGACUCCAAGGGCUCUCUCAUCGUCAAGAACGAGACCGACUCCUUCACCCCCGAGGAGAUCAACCUCAUCGCCGACAUCAAGGUCGCCCGCAAGCAGCUCUCUGAAAUCGCCGAAUCCUCCACCUUCUCCUCCAAGUUCUCCUACAUCGCCGGCGCCCGCCCCUGGGUUCACGUCCCCGGCAAGUUCGAGGUCGCUCUCCCCUCUGCCACCCAGAACGAGGUCUCUGGCGAGGAAGCCUCCUCUCUCAUCAAGUCCGGUGUUCGCUUCAUUGCCGAGGGUUCCAACAUGGGCUGCACUCAGGAUGCCAUCGACAUCUUCGAGGCUCACCGCACUGCCAACCCCGGCGACGCCAUCUGGUACGCUCCCGGUAAGGCCGCCAACGCCGGUGGUGUCGCCGUCUCCGGUCUCGAGAUGGCCCAGAACUCCGCCCGCAUCUCGUGGACCUCCGAGGAGGUUGACGCCCGCCUCAAGGGCAUCAUGGAGUCGUGCUUCAAGAACGGUCUCGAGACUGCUCAAAAGUACGCCACCCCCGCCGAGGGUGUUCUUCCUUCCCUCGUGACCGGCAGCAACAUUGCCGGUUUCACCAAGGUCGUCGAGGCCAUGAAGGACCAGGGUGACUGGUGGUGA